UAGAGACGGGACAAGCACUGCCUGAGGAAAAGGAUGCUGGAUGAGAUUGGCAGACCAUGGCGACUGCUAGUACCCAACUGGCACGUAGUUUGCCUCCAGUUCCAUCUACCUCAGGAUCAAGCUUUGGCGAGUCUUCCAUGAGAGAACGAAUGAGAGAGAAACUGAAAGCUGCACGGUUUAAAGCAGAAAGUGCUAUAUUACAAGAAGCCUCAGGUUUUCGUCCACAGUCCCUGAAAAGUCCUGGAGUGAAGAAAGCACAAAUUCGACUGGAUAAUGAGAUAGGUGAAAGUGAAUUACAAGAGAAUGAAUGCAAGGUAUCUACUACAUUGAAGCUUCACGAUUCUGUCAGAAAAGACAAGCCAAAAUCACAGGUCCAGACUGGAUAUCUUUCUGCUGAAGAAGCCUAUAAUUUCUUUACUUUCAAUUUUGAACCUGAGCCAGAGAAUGUAGGUGAUGAAACCCAAAACAAGAAAAAGAGUGUGUUGAAUCGCAAAGAGGGAAAAGAUCAGGAAUCUACACUCGUCUGUCAGGAAGAACCAGGAGAUAAUGAAAUGGAUGAAGAGGAGCAUCUUGUUCGUGAUAAAGAAGAUGAUGAUAUUUUCAUUAUAGAACAGACAGCCCUUGACUUUCUCGUGGUUGGACCUGCAGAAUAUCAAAGCUACUCUGGGCGGGUGCAGAAAGAGAAAGAAAUAUUGUUCGUUCCCAGCAUGCUAAGAGUACCUGCCUCUCUGAAGGUACCUGAAAAUAAGCAGCCAAGAUACCUUGAGGAUGAAGGUCUGUAUACAGGAGAUCGUCCUGUUGUGUCACAGCCAAACCAAAACAUCUUAGAGAAUAGGAUACUCAAGCAGGAACGGGGGAAAAAGUGGUUUGGAGACGAUGGCCAAAUUUUGGCUUUGCCCAAUCCAGUUAAGCAGUCUUGUACUAGACCUCCAAUAUUUCCAUUAGAGGAAGGUAAAGAACAAGAGCUAGAGACGUUGUAUAAAAAGGCAGUUCAAAUGAGGGUUGCUAAUCAGUAUAUUGUUGGCGCUGAGGACCCUCAGGGGCAAUUUCAGUUGGAUGUUGAUAUUGCUGGAUUAAUAUUCACACAUCAUCCCUGCUUUAGCCGUGAACAUGUUUUAGCGGCUAAGCUGGCUCAGUUGUUCGAUCAGUAUCUAUCAAGAAAACAAAGAAAUCUUACCAAACUUCUUACAGAUAAGCUACGAGCUCUGAGAAAUGCCUUUCAGAGUAUUUUGGAUACUAGUGAAAGUGGGGUUCUUAACCCAGUAGCACAACAAAGCAUAACUGAAUAUAAGCUUGAAAUAAGGCAAACGAGAAGACUUCGUGAUGCUGAGCAAGAAAAAGAUCGAGCAUUGCUUAAGGCCCUUAUCAAAGUGUGGAAAGAGAUCAAAUCCCUGCGUGACUUUCAGAGGUUCACUAACACCCCCCUGAAGCUCUAUCUGAGAAAGGAAGAGGUUGAUCAAAGGUUGGAUGAGGAGGAAUAUGAAGGAGAUAUUCAGGCUGAAAUAGCUGAAUUGUUAGACGAAAACAUUGAAGAAUAUGAAAAGAAAAUGGAAGAAUAUAAAACUCAACUUCAGGAAUGGAAAUCCUGGAAGAAGGCACAGAAAAUCAGGAGGAAAAAGAAGAAAAAAACUAGUCAAAACCCAGAAGAUGAAGAAACAGAAGACUCUGAGAAUGUGGAAGAGCCUGUGAAGCCCAUGCCUCCACCAGGAGUUGACAGGCUGCAGGUGGAACUGCAAGUUCGAGAGAGAGCUGGCCGCAUUCGAAGGAAACCAGGAGAGCCAGUUUUAAUUCCUGAGUUGAGCCUAACAGGGAGCAUCACUCCAAACGAGCUUUGUCCAAGGGCUGAAAUUUCAAGACGUGAAGAUGUAAAGAAACGGUCUCUGUUCGUAAAAGUUCUUUUCAAUUCCAAAGAAGUAUCGAGAACAGUCUCCCGGCAAAUAAGCUCAGAUUUCAGAAUUCAUUUUGGGCAGAUUUUCAACUUGCAAAUAUUCAAUUGGCCAGAGAGUUUGAAACUGCAGUUAUAUGAAACAGUUGGACUUGGCAGUGCUAACUUGUUAAUGGAAGUAUUUAUACCGAUUCCUGAGACUACGGUUCUGACUGGGAGAGCGCCAAUAGAGGAAAUAGAAUUCAGCAGUGACCAGCGCGUGGUGUUGGACCAUGAAGGAGUGGGGAGCGGUGUACCGUUUUCAUUUGAAACCGAUGGUAGUAAUAAAAUGAUUUUAAUGACAUCUGGCAAAGUGUCUUGCAGUGUUUCCUGGGCAGUUGGAGAAAAUGGGAUACCCUUGAUUCCUCCAGUAUCACAGAAGAAUGCUGGAAUCACAAGUGCUUUGAAAAAUAUUGAUGCCAUUUCGUCAAUUGGUACAUCAGGGUUAACUGACAUGAAGAAACUGGCUAGGUGGGUGGCUGAGACAAAGCUUGAUCCAAAUGACCCCAGCAAUGCAGCCCUGAUGCAGCUGAUAAUGGCUGCUACAAGUGGUGAUGUUUCUGUUCCUGAUUUCUUCAGGCUGGAGCAAUUGCAACAAGAAUUUAAUUUUGUUUCUGAUGAGGAAUUUAACAGAUCCAAAAGAUUCCGGCUACUCGAGCUCAGAAACAAUGAAGUGUCUGAGUUUCGAAAUUAUAAGUGUAUUCCAUUACUGGAAAGAGAAAUCAGUGAAAGAAUCUUGCAGGAUUAUGAGAGAAGAUUGCGUGAGAAGGAUGUAGUUGAUACCAAAGACCAUCUGGAUGCACACAGAGCAUUAGUUGCAAAGUACCUCCAAAAGAUCAGGGAAUCGGUAAUUAACCGCUUUCUGAUUGCAAAGCACCAUUUUCUCCUUUCCGAUUUGGUCAAUGAAGAUGAAAUCCCUACUCUCGGCAUUUUGGGUCUCAGCCUUUUUAAAUUGGCGGAGGCAAAACGACCCUUAAAACCAAGUCGAAAGGAGAGGAAAAAAGUGACUGCACAGAAUCUCUCAGAUGGUGACAUAAAACUCUUGGUGAACAUCAUUAGAGCUUAUGAUAUUCCGGUCAGAAAGCCCACCGGGAGCAAGCUCCAGCAGCCAUCUAGAUCGUCAUGGUCCUUCAAUGAGAUGUUUGCUGCAUCUGCAACCCCGCAGAGCCCGGCCCACAGCACAGAGUGGGCAUUUAACCAGGUUUUAAUCCGGCCUUUUGUAGAAGUUUCUUUUCAAAGAACGGUUUGUCGGACAACUACUGCUGAAGGGCCAAACCCAAACUGGAAUGAAGAACUUGAACUUCCAUUUAGAGCCCCAAAUGGUGACUACAGCAUUUCCAGCCUGCAAUCAAUGAAGGAUGACAUCUUCAUUAACAUUUUUGAUGAAGUACUAUAUGACGUCUUACAGGAUGAUCGUGAAAGAGAAAGUGGUGGAGUCCAUACUCGUGUUGAGAAGCAUUGGCUUGGAUCUGUUCGAAUUCCUUUUACAACAGUAUAUUUUCAAUCAAGAAUUGAUGGCACAUUUAAGUUAGAUAUUCCCCCAGUUCUUCUUGGAUAUAUUAAGGGGAAAAAUCUGGGAAUUGAAAGAGGCUAUGAUUCCGUUCGAAAUCUGAGUGAAGGCUCCUAUUUAUCACUUUUUAUUACUAUUGAACCCCAGCUAAUUCCUGGAGAAUCAGUUCGGGAAAAGUUUGACUCCCAAGAAGAUGAGAAACUUCUCCAAGCAGCGGAGAGAUAUCAAGUCGAAUGUGCACUGAAGUUUCCAAGCCGCCAGUGCCUGACAACAGUCAUCGACAUCAAUGGAAAAACAGUGUUGAUUACUAGAUAUAUCAAGCCUCUAAACCCACCAGAGGAGCUUCUGCGAACUCGUGCUGACAAUCUACAAGAAAAUUCUGAACUGGUGGCCCACUACGUUGCCUUGAUUCCCUUCUUACCCGAUACUGUAUCAUUUGCUGGAAUCUGUGAUUUAUGGAGUACAUCAGAUCAGUUCCUUGAUCUGUUGGCUGGAGAUGAAGAAGAACACGCUGUGCUCUUGUGUAAUUAUUUUCUUGCCCUUGGCAAAAAGGCUUGGCUUUUAAUUGGAAAUGCAAUUCCUGAGGGACCAACAGCAUAUGUGCUCACUUGGGAACAAAACCAGUAUGUGAUCUGGAACCCCAGCUGUGGCCGUUUUUAUGGACAGUAUGAUGCUUUCUGUCCGUUGCAAAGUGUAGGCUGCUUAAUUUCCAGUGACAAUGUUUGGUUCAAUAUUCAACAAUAUGAUUCCCCACUAAGAAUAAACUUUGAUGUCAGCAAACCCAAAUUCUGGAAACCAUUUUUUUCAAGAAGUUUACCAUUUCCUGGUCUCUCCAGUGUGCAGCCUGAAAAAUUAUUCUACCAGCGUACAGACACGGCAGCUGCACUCGAUCUACAGAGCAGGCUUGAGAAGAUAUUGAAAGAAAAGAUCAUGGAAUGGCGGCCAAGAUACUUGACACGUUGGAACAGAUACUGCACCUCAGCCCUUCGGCACUUCUUGCCUCUGCUGGAAAAAAAUCAGGGUAAAGAUGUGGAGGAUGACCAUCAGGCAGAAUUACAGAAACAACUGGGAGACUACAGGGUAUCAGGAUUUCCUAUCCACAUGCCAUUUUCAGAAGUUACACCUUUAAUAGAGGCUGUAUACAGUACUGGAGUUCAUAGCAUUGAUGUUCCAAAUAUAGAGUUUGCAUUAGCUGUGUAUGUUCAUGCUUACCCUAAAAACAUCCUUUCAGUGUGGAUUUACAUUGCUUCGCUAGUUCGCAAUAGAUAAGAAUUCUUACUGUAAAAUGCUCCUGCUUUGAUUGCCUACAUUUUUGGUAUUUGAAUUUGAUGAUGUCAUCUUAUGGUUUUAUAUUUAUAUAUUAGAUGGAGGCACUCCUAUCACUUUUACAUUUGCAAUUUUUAAAACAAUUUAUCUUCGUACUCCCAUCCCAAUGCAAGGAGACUAUUCAAGUUGCUAACAUGUUGGGUCUGGCAAGUAUUGUGCAAGACUGGAAAUCAAAUGCUCAAACCCCUUCAAGUCAUGAUAUUCAGGCACUUCACAACUAGGAAAAUACUAAAGUACAUAUUCUACUAUAAAACUCUGGUUGGUUUGAUCCAGUGCUUAAGCAGUGCAGUAGCAAAUCUGAGAUAGAACCAGAUUGCAAAAGCCUUUGCCUUUGUUUAUGAAUUGCAAAUUAGUAUCCCCCAAAUCUUCCUGCUUAUACCAUAUCAGGGGUGGACAGAAGGUAGAUUAGCAUGACUGGUAGAUCUCUGGGUGAUUUGCAGUCACCAAGAGUUUCCGACUCUUAAUUUUUACAACAGCAACAAUAAAAGUUAUUUUCCCAUUUUCAUUAGGUUAAUGAAGAAAAGAGAGCAUGUGGUAAACAGGAAUUGACUUUUUUUUUAUGAACUGAGAAUUCAGUUUUAGUACUGUAAACAAACAUCUAGGCUUAGAUGUACUCAGAAGUACCCAGGUUCUUUAAUUUUAACUGUAUGUCCUUUGCACCUGGCUUUGUGGAUCCAACCAUAAACAAAGGAGAUCCAACCACAAAUUGAACUGUUAAUUGUGCUAAAAAAAACAAGACAGCUACUGUGACAUUUUACCUUCUCUUCCCCCCUGCCUCCUGUCUCCCAGUAUUAUGGUGGCGUUUAGUCCUGCAGUAGUGAGGGACAAACCUGUCAGCAACAGUAAAAGCUAAAAGCGGGCUAGAUGGAAUAACUAUUCGGUGGAUUCACAGUUGGCUACAGAAUCGGACUCAAAGAGUACUUAUCAAUGGAACCUUCUCAAACUGGGGAGAGGC